AGCUCCGGUGUUUGCUUCAGGAUCAUCACUCUUCAAUCCUUUAUCCUCUUCUUCCUCGGCUGGUUCUCUCACAGACGAGCGAAGCAAGAUGGCUCCAGACGAGUCGUCAGUUCUAAACCCUAGACGGAGGUCUACGGGAUUCAACUUCGUUCCAAAUUGCGUGUCGUCAUUCUCUCCGGCAUUUUCUCAAACAGCUUUUGGAGUAUCCAGGAGGAGGCACGCCGAUUUCGGCCCUCCAUGUAAUUUUCUUCGCGACCUCCACGAAUCUUUCGCGUCAACUGCUGAAAAGUGCAUCGUAUUUGUUCAUUCACUGGCUUCCGAGAAUCCAUUUCUGAAGAAACUGCUCUCGCUUUCUUCCGAGUUCCAGAGUUUCCGCCACCAGAUCCACUGUAUGAACUCCAGGAAUUUCAGAGCUCUUUCCAGCCACAAUUUUGCUGCAGUUUUGCCUGGAGAUUCGUUGGCAGGAAUUGUAGUUUCUAAUGGUAUCCAGAAUUUCUUAAGUAUCUACAACACACUGUUGGUCGUCAGGCUAGUUUUGACUUGGUUUCCGAACACACCUCCUGCCAUUGUUAGUCCCCUAAGCACGCUAUGCGACCCAUAUUUGAACAUAUUUCGUGGGAUUAUCCCACCACUUGGAGGGACACUCGAUUUAUCUCCAAUAUUGGCAUUCCUGGUCCUAAACGCCUUUACCAGCACCGCCGCCGCUCUUCCUGCUGAACUUCCAGUGCCAAAUACGUCUCUUGCAAAUCCUACUCCUUUGAAAGGUUCUGCCGAUCUUACCACAUCACAAAAUAAAUGGAUGAGAAGACUUCAGGGAAUUGGAACAAGAAAUGCUGAUGGUUCUCGAUAAGGUAGCCUUAUUCAGGUUUUGCAUUGAUUAAUUGAGCUUAAUUCAUUUUAAACUGUGACACUCUUUCGUUGUUCUUGCCUAUUGUAAAGUGUGGUUGAUGGGAGAAUGGGAUAACGCCCUUGUGGCUUGUGCCAAUUUUAUUGAUUGUGUACUUUAAACUGUCAAGUAGUGUUCAAUCAAUUUGGUGGGCUACCAACUUUCUUCCAUCUCUACCACGUGCUUAUGUGAUGUGCAAUUAAGAAAUAUAAAAAAGUUGUGUAUA